GGUGCCAGAGGGGUUGCCUGGAAACGGCGGAAACGUUUGGGCGCAGCAGCGAUGGAGAAGUAUGAGAAAAUCAAAGUUGUUGGAAGAGGAGCUUUCGGGAUUGUUCACCUGUGCCGCAGGCGCAACGACGCGGCCUAUGUCAUCCUUAAGGAGAUCCCGGUGGAGCAAAUGUCACGAGACGAGCGUCUGGCAGCACAAAACGAGUGUCAGGUGUUGAAACUGCUCAACCACCCAAAUAUUAUAGAGUACUAUGAGAACUUCCUGGAAGACAAGGCCCUAAUGAUAGCGAUGGAAUAUGCUCCAGGUGGGACGCUGGCUGACUACAUACAGAAGCGCUGUAACUCGCUACUGGACGAAGACACCAUCCUUCACUUCUUUGUCCAGAUCUUGCUCGCCCUGUACCAUGUUCACAACAAGCUCAUCCUGCACAGGGACCUCAAGACUCAGAAUAUUCUUCUUGACAAACACCAGAUGAUUGUCAAAAUCGGAGACUUUGGCAUCUCCAAGAUCCUCGUCAGCAAAAGCAAAGCUUACACGGUUGUCGGGACCCCUUGCUACAUCUCCCCAGAGCUGUGUGAGGGAAAGCCGUAUAACCAGAAGAGUGAUAUCUGGGCUUUGGGCUGUGUGCUGUAUGAGCUAGCAAGCCUCAAGAGAGCCUUUGAGGCUGCUAAUCUCCCCGCCCUCGUUCUGAAGAUCAUGAGCGGCACCUUUGCUCCGAUCUCAGACCGUUACAGCCCAGAACUCCGACAGCUAAUUCUCAACAUGCUCAAUUUGGAUCCAUCCAAACGGCCUCAACUCAAUGAAAUAAUGGCUCUCCCCAUAUGCAUCAGGCCCCUGCUUAACCUCUACACAGAUAUAGGAAAUGUAAAAAUGCGCAGGAUUGAGAAACCUCUGUCUACGGUGCAAACUGGUCCUCAAGGUAGACCAGGAGGGAGAGUUCCUGCCAACAGGUCAAGAGACAGAUCAGUUGGUUUAGGACCAGGAAAGGUGCAUUCCCUCCCGCUGUCUUCUGUGUAUACGUGGGGAAGUGGCAUCUCGACCCCUCUCCGCCUCCCGAUGCUCAACACGGAAGUGCUUCAGGUCUCUCUGGGCCGCACUCAAAAGAUGGGUGUGACCAAGACUGGCCGUUUGAUUACAUGGGAGGCUCCAUCAGUGGGGUCCUCUGAGGCCAGUCUUCCUGGUGUGGUGGAGCAGAUCCAGCCUCAGUUUAUUUCUCGCUUCCUCGAGGGUCAGUCUGGAGUCACCAUCAAGUCUGUGUCCUGUGGUGAUCUCUUUACCACCUGCAUGACAGACAGGGGCAUUAUCAUGACGUUUGGUAGUGGAAGCAACGGCUGUCUAGGACACGGGAACUUCAAUGAUGUAACACAGCCCAAGAUAGUGGAGGCCCUGCUUGGUUACGAGCUCAUUCAGGUGUCCUGCGGUGCUUCCCAUGUUCUCGCUGUGACCAAUGAAAGAGAAGUUUUUGCCUGGGGAAGAGGAGACAAUGGUCGCCUCGGGCUCGGCACCCAGGACACCCAUAACUCUCCACAGCAAGUGUGUUUACCUGGCGACUUUGAAGCCCAGAGGGUGGUGUGUGGAGUUGACUGCUCCAUGAUUAUUAGCAACCAGCACAGCAUUGUGGCAUGUGGAAGCAACAGGUUCAACAAGCUUGGCCUGGAUAUGAUCACAGCUGGAGAGGAACCGAAUCCCUUGAAUCAAGUGGAAGAAGUUCAUUCUUACACUCCAGUCCAAUCAGCCCCACUCAACACUGAGAAGAUUGUUUACAUUGACAUUGGAACGGCGCAUUCUGUCGCUGUUACAGAAAAUGGUCAGUGUUUCACCUUUGGCAGCAACCAGCACGGUCAAAUUGGCUCCAGCUCCCGACGUAGCAGCCGUGCCCCCUGCAAAGUGUCUGGCCUGCAGGGCAUCACUGUGGCUGCCUGUGGUGACGCCUUCACCUUAGCCAUAGGAUCUGAAGGGGAGGUGUACACGUGGGGCAAGGGGGCCCGUGGCCGUCUGGGAAGAAAAGAGGAGGAUUCUGGGAUACCAAAGCCAGUGCAGCUCGAUGAAAGUCACCCGUUCGCGGUGACAUCGGUGGCUUGUUGUCAUGGCAACACCCUGCUGGCAGUGAAACCUCUGCUCGAGGAGGCCAUCUCCAGAUGAUCUUGUCUU